ACCAGUCUACCCCGUCUUUCUAUGUUUAAAAAGUAUAAAAUGUUUAUGAUUCUGCUUCUGAUUUAAUACAAUUGUACAGACAAUUUAAGUGUGCAGACCUACAUAAGGCUUUGGGUACUUCUAAUAACUGAACAAUUAGCAAAGCAAUCAAUAUUAUUUGACUAAAUUUCUAAAUUAUUUCAAGUUGAAAUCGAUGGUUGUGUGCUACAAUUUUUAGACAUUCGUCUCAAUCAGUGUGUAUAUGUGCUAUUAUAUCAAGCCAAGCGAUAAUCGAGCACUGAUAAAUGAAAUGAAAUAUCAACAGCAACUCCACAGCUUAAUCAGGGAAGGUGUUUAAUUUGUCAGUAAGUCUGUACUGUCACAGCGCCUACUUGAUAAGCAGUGUGUGUGUGUGUGUGUGUGUGUCGACUUUUCUUAAAGAAUUAUGUCACUCGGUGUUUACUUUUGACCUGGAUCCAAGACUUCGUGUUAAAAGAAUGAGGUUUGUGACACGAUGACACUGUGUCGUGAUAGGCCUACAUGCCUAUUAAAAGUGUAUAUACUUCAGCAAGUAAAAACAUAGAUGUAUUAAUAUCUACAAUCUACCGACUUGCGGUUAUGAUAAACUAGACAGGACAACAACGACCAACUCCAGUAGUUUGUAUUUGGGUCUCCCACGCUGAAUUUUGAGAUGUGCUGGUUGUCCUGUUGUACAGGCAGUAUAGAUCCCGAGGAGGAGAUACUGUUACGUCAGAAGAAGGCCAAGAACUUCAAUGUGGCUGUUGUUGGCGACACUGGCUGCGGCAAGACCAACCUCAUCUACAGAUUUACUCGCGGGAAGCUGCCUGAAAAGGACACACCCAGCGUCCUUGACACUGAUGAGGUCGAAAUCAUCCGAAAACGAGACAAGAUCAAGCUCUAUAUUCACGACACUUCCGGUGACGAAGGCGAUGCGCGAGUGCGCAACUUGGCCUACCAGAAUAGUGACGUCAUAAUCAUCUGCUUCUCCAUCGACUCUGAAGAGUCCAGACAGAACGUUGUGGCCAACUGGCGCACGGACAUCCGGCACCUCUGCAGGGAUACACCAUUCCUUCUGGUCGGCACAAAGAGAGACACACGGGGCGAAAGAGGCACCAAAGUUGUCUCUAAAAAAGACGGCGCGAAAACGGCGAAAACAAUCGGGGCCAUAUGCUACCUGGAGUUCUCUGCCUUUGAAGGAACGCGAUCAAACCGCCAGUCUAAGGUGAUAUUUGGGCGUGCCAUUCAAGCCUGCUUGGAUAACCUUGACGACGCCCUUGAUGACAGGGGAUGUUGCUGCUGCUGAGAAGUAAACUUUGAUUGGGUUCAAAAAGUUCCCAGGAUUCAUCUCAUUCUCCUAUCUGCCUUGUGGUCCCGUCUGGGGCAUAGGCCACCAAACAGCUUUCUUUAGGCGUCUCUGUUCUGGGCGAGUCUCUCAAUUAACCCUACGUCUUGCUUAUCUACUUGUCACCUGCAUUCAGAUCUCGGCGCCUUGUAUUGCCGAGUGGCAACGCGCUUGAAUUCCGAACCGGAGGGUCCCGGGUUCGAAUCCUGGUGAAAACUGGGAUUUUGAAUUUCGAGAUCUUUGGGGCGCCUCCAAGAACUCCCAGCUCUAAUGGGUAUCUGACAUUAGUUGGGUAUAAGUAAAGGUGGUUGGUCGUUGUGCUGGCCACAUGACAUCCUCGUUAACCGUGGUUUACAGAAACAGCUGAUCAUCCAUAGAUUGGAAGGUCUGAAAGAGUAAACAUUACAUCACUGUAUUGCAUAUGCUCUUUUUGGGCACCGUGCACUAAUAGUUGCCUCCUAAGGUUGCCAGUCUUCAGCUUGUAAAUCUAAAACAAUACAUUUAGUAGGCUACAAGUCAAGAAACCCUUCCUGCUUACAUGCAACAAGGAUUCCGUUUAGACUUAUAGUGUGAAAUUUCUUUCAACCACAAUUCAUCGCAUCUGUAAGUUUCAUUGUUUAGCUCUAAUGCCUGUGUAGCAGACAACAUAUUUCCGACUCUAUGGACGUACUGGAAAUAAUAUGUAAACUCUGAAGUAAAACGUCUCAUACAGUCACAUGCACAAAAAAAAGAUACUUUAGAAACGUCUGUCCCCAAGGAUUGGGGCAUAAUAAUAAUAAAACAAAUAUCCUUGAUCCAAAAAAAA